CCACCCUGGUAGGCGCAGGGUCCUCUAUAAAAGCACCUGAUGCCGCCAAAGCUCCUCAUUAAAUAAUCCAACAAACUCCAGCCAUGGCUUUCAAGUACGUCGUCCUCGCCGCCUGUUUGGCCGUCGCCCAGGCCGGUCUCCUGGCCAACCCCGCCGUCGCCGCCGUCGGCGCCAGCCAGCAGUCCACCCUCCGCUCCCUGGACGGAAACUCCGUGGUCAGCACCUACGCCAAGCAGGUCGACACCCCUUACUCUAGCGUGCGCAAGUACGACUCCCGCGUGACCAACGACGCCGUCGCCUACCACGCUGCCCCCGUCGCCUACCACGGUGCCUAUGCCGCCCCCGCUGUUGCCUCUUAUGCCGCCCCCGCCUACACCUCCUACGCCGCCCCCGCCAUCGCUAAGGUCGCUGCCCCCGUCGCCUACCACGGUGCCUAUGCCGCCCCCGCUGCCUAUGCCGCCCCCGUCGCCAAGGUCGCCUCUCCCCUGCUCGGAGUUGCCUACUCCGCUGCCCCUGCUGUCGCCCACAUCUCCUUCGACGGAUUCGGCGCCCACUACGCCUACUAAGAUGUUAAUUUAUUAUUUGUAAAUUAUAAAUGUGUCAUUAAAAUUAGCAAACCCAAAACAAA